UAACCCUUUUAAAGAUUUGUUUUUUGUUUUUAGAUUAGUAAAGAAGUUUAAAGCUUUAAAGUCUAUAUUUUUAGUCUUAAAAACUCCACUUAAAUUUUAAAAACAUUCUUAAAAAACAGAUAAGGUUGGUCUAUACUUCAUAUGUUAUCUAGGCAAUAAUGUUCCCUAAGACUGAGUUGUUGGUAUUUACUUAUUUAUCACUACUUGUAUAAGAACUAAAUUGAUAUGUCCCAAAAAUACCGCCAGUAGAAAAAGAAAAGAUGCGCCUCUAUUAGUGGUAGUUUUAAAUUCUUAUUUCUUUUUCCUAAAGGAGAAAAAGAAAAACUCUUGGGGGGGUAUGGUGGUGGAUCCAAUGUAAGGUAAUACAGGCUAAAAGUUAUUUGGGGCCAUUAUGGUUUUGGUAGCUCUGCUUUUGCACAUGACUAUUGACUGGGUUACUGGGUCGACAGGUUUUCCUUUUGAUUCACAUUCACAUGCCAAAUUUUUUCCUUUCAUUUUUUUCCAAUUUGUUGUUCUUUCAAUUCAAUUCCCUCCAACCUUUUCUCUCUGUCAUUACCAUGUGAGCAUCCUUUUGUCCAUUAACUUUAUCUCAGUGGAAAAUGUAGUUUUCUGCUUAUCUUUUAGAUUCUGUAUGAGGAGAAAAUGAUGAGCUAAGUUAAAUAUUCUCAUCUGCUGUGGCCUCUGCCUUACAUUAUAUUCCCCAUACUAUUCAACUUCAAAAUCCAAUUUAGGUUAUGCUUUGAUAGAUUUGAAUAAAAAAAUACAUCUUAUGAAGACAAUCAGAUACAUUUUCUUAAAAAUACUUUUGUACACAUUUUUGUUUUUUGUUUUUUGUUUGCUCUAUAUACAAAUGAACUGAUAACUUUAAAUUUGUAUUUACUCCAUGAUUGUUCGACCAUUGCCGGUAUCUGCUGGCUGAGGGUGACAGUUGUUACUAAAUAUUGGGCGGUGAUAGUUAUCAUGACAGACGAAAGUGGUUGCCACCGAUAGCUACAUCAUCAGGAAUGAAUGAAAUCAAUUGAUUUCUCUUACGAAGGUCACUGUCGGGAUUUCACUGAGGUGGGGAAGGAUAUUUCUCGCACGUGCCGUAGGGUUGAAACAUGUAAACGGGAAUGAUGGUGAUAAUUUGCGGACAUUCCAUAUCAACACUAACAUAAACAGAGGGGUUUGUUCCAGAAGUUUUGGAAUCGAUGACUGUUGUGGCCGUUUGUCUUCAUCUAAUCAAGCGUCUUAUCGGCACUCCAAUGCAUCUAACGCCAUUUUGGAAGAUGAAUUUCAUGGUUUAUUGGAGUACAAUCAAUCAAUCUCGUCGGGGGAACCAUAUUGAGCAAUUCGACAAUUUCAUGGUCCCCUGUUCUUUCUCUCAGAAAAUGCUUCGUAUCCCGCAAGAUGAUGCCUAUCAAGUUGUAAUGGAUCCUGUUGUUGAGGGAUUUGAAGACCCUGAAAGCCUUGUUGUGGGAUCUGGAACUGGAAGUCAGGUGAAGGAUGAAAGCGAAGCAUAUGUGAGGUUGCGCUUGGCUGAAGAAGAUGGUUAUAGGGCAAAUUAUGGAUCAUUAGUAUCAAAACAUGAACAAGAUUUGAGCGACAUUGAUGAAGAUAGUGGAAAUUCAACAAAGCCUGAUGUGUUUAGCAGAAUCCAGUUUGCAAGUCAUGGAGCUGAACAGAGUGUUGUUCAAGAUACUGCCAUCAAUUUAAACUGUAGAAACAAGCGGCGGCGGCGGCGGCGGCGGCGUUACGAGGAUACUUCUACAUCCUUGAUGACCUCCUCAAAACGGGCGUUGCCUUGGGUAAAAAACCAUAAGAAACAUUUGGGUAUGUUCUUGAGGGAUUCCAGUUCAAACCCUUCAGUUAAAACUGGAGAAAGUAGAACAAACAAGCGUCUGAGAAACAAAAAUGUCGAUCACAGGGUUUGAACUUGGAUCCCUCAAGGACAUUUAUUAACUAAAUGUUAUAAAUAUUAUUCUCUAUUCUGUUGAGACCUUCGAGUUGGAGAGAUUGCAGAGCAAAGCCACUUGGGUUGAGUUGGAGAGGUUUGAGAGAGAAGCAAUAUAACCGAUAGAAAAAAAGCGAGAGGAGUGCUCUUCGUAGCUAGCUCGAGAUUAGCCUAACACUGUUUCCAUUGAAAUAAUUUCUAAAAUUAUUAUGGCUCAUGUGCUUCGGCUA